GUGAAGCGAACACGUUUGAUGGGGAGCGCUGCUUGUACGGUGCGCUGAGCGACCCCAUCCGCAGAUUGCUAAAGGAAUACAAGCGAAUCACAGCAAAGUGUAUGCAGAGAGAUUAUUAUGAUGACUUCUUACAAAGGCUCAUGGAGCAAGGCUCCUACAGCGACACCAUGUUCCUGGUCCACGGGAUGUCAUUCUGUACUCACCGCUGCGUCCUCGGUGCCCGAAGUCCGUAUUUUGCUGAAAUGUUUGAAAGCAAGUGGAAGGGGAAGAAUAUGAUUGCUCUCACGCAUCCGCUGAUCAAUCCAGCAGCCUUUGGCUCCAUUCUUCAGUACCUGUACACAGGUCGCAUGGACAUCGACGUGGAGCACGUGGAGGAUUGCAAGAGGCUGGCUAAGCAGUGUCGGCUGCAGGAUCUCAUUGAAGACCUGGAGGAGAAAUGUAAAAAGGUUUAUGAAUUUGUGUCUUCCAAGCCAGGAACGUGUGUAAAGGUUCUAACUGUGGAACCGUCUGGAAAUGGGCGUCUGCAGGAAGAAUUGGCGAUGUUGGCGGACUGCGCGGUUCCGGCUGAGCUAAGGGUGGGGUUCGGCGAACUGCCAUUUGACAGUACAGAUAAUUUCUGCAGCUACCCUGACCUCUGUUUCCAGAUCCAGGGUUACAACUUCCUGUGCCACAAGUCGUUUUUCUGUGGCCGGAGCGAUUACUUCAAAGCUUUGCUGCAAGAUCACUUCUGUGAGAGCCAGGAGCUGCAGAGCCAGCCCAGCAUCCCGGUGAUAACCCUGCACAACAUCAAUGAGGAGACCUUCAUGCGGGUCCUGUACUACAUCUACAGUGAUGACACAGAGCUGUGUCCGGAGAACGCUUACGAGGUGCUGUGCAUCGCCGACCUGUAUCUGCUUCCAGGACUGAAGCGGCUGUGCGGGAAAGUGUUGGCACAGAUGCUGGACGAGGACAGCGUCAUCGGGAUAUGGAAGACGGCAAAACUCUUUCAGCUGACACGCCUGGAAGAUCAGUGUACGGAGUACAUGGCCCGAAUCAUCGAGAAGUUGGCUGAUUCAGACGAGUUUUCGGCCGCAGUGCAAGAAGACGCAGCUGCAGUUGAGGAACGGCAAGAGACUGACUCCAUCCCAUUGAUUGAUGACAUUCGCUUCCAUAUUACCAGCAACGUACAGACCUACAGCGCCAUUGAAGAGGCGAACCAGCGACUAGAGGUGCUGGAGAACCUGCUGGGGAGUUUAGGGUUAGAGUGCUGAGCAAACAAGGGGCAAAUGUUGUACUGAUAUGUUUA